ACUGACACGACACACUCUUCUUCCUCAACUGUCUUCCCAAAGUGACACUUACAAUUGAGCAAGAAAGAAGAUAGACAGGGAAAUCAAUGGCUUACUUAACCUUAAAAGCUACAGCCUAUUUCAGCUCUUCAAUCGACUCUUCAAGUGAGACUUACCUCCCUUCUUCACCCUCCAAGCUCCUCAAGCUCCCUCCCUUCUGGCCAUGGGAAAAGGUGAAGGUGGGUCCGCUGAGUGUGUCUCCAAUGGGGUUUGGCACUUGGGCAUGGGGCAACCAACUUCUCUGGGGGUACCAGGAAUCAAUGGACAAUGAACUUCAACAGACUUUCAAUCUGGCUGUGGACAAUGGCAUCAACCUUUUUGACACUGCGGACUCCUAUGGCACCGGCAGGUUGAAUGGAAAGAGUGAAAAACUACUUGGAAAGUUCAUCCGAGAGUAUCAAGGGCAAAAGAGGCUGCAGAAGGACAUUGUAAUUGCUACCAAGUUUGCAGCCUAUCCUUGGCGCCUAACACCGGGGCAGUUUUUGAAUGCUUGCAAUGCCUCGAUAGAUCGUAUGCAGAUUGAACAAAUUGGAAUAGGACAAUUACAUUGGUCAACUGCAAAUUAUGCUCCUUUGCAAGAAAAAGCUCUUUGGGAUGGGUUGGUUGCAAUGCAUGACAAGGGUUUAGUUCGAGCUGUUGGGGUCAGCAACUACGGACCGAAGCAGCUUGUAAAAAUCUACGAUUACCUCAAAGCCCGGGGAGUCCCCUUAUGCACAGCUCAGGUGCAAUUUUCUCUGUUAAGCGUGGGAGAAGAUCAGCUGGAGAUCAAGAAUAUAUGUGAUUCUCUUGGUAUCCGCCUGAUUGCUUAUAGUCCCUUAGGACUUGGAAUGCUUACUGGGAAAUAUACACCCUCUAAUCUUCCGCGUGGCCCUCGGGCCUUCCUAUUCAGGCAAAUUCUUCCAGGACUGGACCCUCUAUUGAGCGCACUUGAAGAAAUUGCUAAAAAACGGAGCAAAACCAUGCCACAAGUUGCUAUAAAUUGGUGCAUUUGCAAAGGGACCAUUCCCAUACCUGGAGUGAAGACAGUGAAACAAGCAGAAGAAAAUUUGGGUGCUUUGGGUUGGCGCCUGCGUUCCCAAGAGUUGCUCCAGUUGGAAUAUGCGGCACGGGAGUCACCUCAAAAGAUGAUCCAAAACAUUUUCCAAACAAGGUGAAUCCGGUUGUUAUGUUUGUUUCUUGGAGCAGGGAAACCAGAAUGAUACCAAUCACUAGAUCAUAUUUUACUCUAUUGCGACUGCAUUCUUUUUCUCCUCCGUGAACAGAUGAAUUUGGACAAGAACAAGCUUUGGCGAGUUGUUGUGUUGAAACUUAAAACAUGGAAUACACAGGAAAAAUGAAAUUGAAAGUGCCCUUAACAAGAUCAGAAUGUGAAGAAUAAGUGGGGAAAGUAAGCAGGAAAGAGGCUACUUUUGUGCUUUUGGCGUAAAGAAGCUGGGAAAGCGAACAU